UGUCAGUAAAUGACGUCAUUCAAAAGGAAGCGACAAAGCCCAGACUUUAACUUUAUUGCUGUGUUUUUGUUUGUUGUUUUUUAUUUAAGUUAUAAUACCAAUCAAAAUUGAGACUGGUUGAGGUAACCGAUUAGUGAGAUUUUUCAGGUGUCUCGUGUGCCACAAUGAACAGCUUGCUGUGGAUUCUGUACAUCCUGGGACUCCUCAUAAUCAGUGUCCCUAGAUCCAGUUCAAUUGAUGGGCAAUGGACAGCUUGGGUAACAAUACAACAAGGUGUAUGCGAUGACGAGUGUAACGGAACGACCACCUACAAGCGAUACUGUAAUGACCCCGCCCCCUCGGAUGAUGGAAAGAAGUGUACUGGACCGAAUAUGUUGUACUACUCUCUUGACUGCACGUGGAAUAAAUGCAUAGUAGCAAAAUAUCUCGGCUUGGAUUUAGGUAUUUUUAUACUGAUUCUGGUUUUGGUGCUGAUCCUUCUUAUUGGUUGUGUAAUAUGUGUGUUCGUCAGGAACAGAAGGGAGAAGGACCCGGAAACUCAACAAAUAAUUGUCUUAAAAUCCAAGGACAAUGGUGGUGAGGAAGGAUUCCACAGAGCUACCCCCUCGCCUACACUCUGACUUGACACAUCCAAACAAGAGGAAACAAUCUAAACAUGCCAAGGAAGACAUCAAUGACACAUGGUGAAGUGUAAAUGAAAAUACAAAUCAUUGCAAAUAAACAAUUGGUUAUCAGCAGUUAUAUUGUUAAAGAGACCACAUAUUAUGUCUGUUCGAGUUUUUCCUGCAUAUGUGAAUUUUGUCAAAUAAUUUGAAAUUAAUUUUGACUCAUUUUAAGAAUAAAAACAUUGUUAUACUGUC